UCAACUCGUUUUAACGUUGUUUGAUAGCUUAAUAACUAACUUUGUCAACAUCGUUUUGCAAAUAUUUCAACAAUUGUAUUCAAGAAAACGUGUUGAUAACUGUGGUUUAUCUUUUCUAUACGUCUUGGAAGGCAAAGUACCUGAAAAGCCACAAAUUGGAUUAAGGAAAUCCGACCGUGAUAGUUAGCCAGCUCGUUAGCAUCUUUGAGGGGUCUCUUUUCACACUCUGUCCUCGCUAUCACAUUGGCUGUUUGCACCCGAUAUCAGGUUUAAGUAACUUUUCCCCAAUAAUCGCUUUUGAUAACUAACCGUAUUGCAUGUGUCGCCGUUUUUUGCAAAGGUCGGAUACAGUAGUGACAGUAAGUAGCCCAGUUAGCUAGCUACCGUAGUUAUCAUGGAGAACCGUUGGAAUAAUCUUCAAUCCAGUGGACGAGACAAACAGCGAAAGAAGGGAUUCACCGCCGGACAAGUGGGAGCGUCUGGAUGCGAGGAUGGAGAACGUAAACCAAAGUUUCAUUUACACGUUAAAAACAUUAAGGAUGACGUGCUGGACAGGUUUGCCAGUAUCCGUAUCCCGGGCAGUAAGAAAGAGCGUCCUCUCCUCCCCCACGUCAAACACUCCUCCUCGUCUGAAUGGUCCUCCUCCGCUGAGUUUGACGACCUGUCCUCCAAGAUCACCUCAGAAAAGGAGAUACUGGGACUCUUCGAGAAGAUGAUGGAGGAUAUGAACCUGAAUGAGGACAAGAAGGCUCCUCUGAGAGAGAAAGAUCUGACCACCAAGAGAGAGAUGGUUAUCCAGUACAUUGUUACUGCCUCGAAGACAGUAGGUAGAUAUUUACUGUUCCUCAUGUGGUAGGACACUGAGGCUUGUAGUGGUGUGGGGCUAGAGACAGUAGGUGGAGAUUUACUGUUCCUCAUGUGGUAGGACACUGAGGCUUGUAGUGGUGUGGGGCUAGAGACAGUAGGUGGAGAUGUACUGUUCCUAAUGUGGUAGGAAACUGAGGCUUGUAGUGGUGUGGGGCUAGAGACAGUAGGUGGAGAUUUACUGUUCCUAAUGUGGUAGGACACUGAGGCUUGUAGUGGUGUGGGGCUAGAGACAGUAGGUGGAGAUUUACUGUUCCUCAUGUGGUAGGACACUGAGGCUUGUAGUGGUGUGGGGCUAGAGACAGUAGGUGGAGAUUUACUGUUCCUAAUGUGGUAGGAAACUGAGGCUUGUAGUGGUGUGGGGCUAGAGACAGUAGGUGGAGAUGUACUGUUCCUAAUA